UUGUUAUUUUCUCACUUGGAGACUUUUUCUUCUCUCUUACUUCUUCUCCAUCUCUCUGGUUAUCAGAUCUGAAGCUUCUCUCCGUCAUGUCUACAACGACGUCGUAUUGGUGUUACAGAUGCACACGCUUUGUCACCGUUUUGGUCUCUGAAGAGACUAACGACGUUACCUGUCCUCACUGCGACGGUGGAUUUAUCGAAGAGAUCGGAACCAAUACACAAUCGGAAAAUCCUCAACGACGAUCUAUGUACAUGUUAUCGGAAAACAACGGUAGAAAUCGUCAGGACUCCGAUCGGAUUCCGACCUUGAGAUUCCGUCGAAACCGCCGCAACGCCGGAGAUCGUUCUCCGUUUAAUCCAGUUAUUGUUCUCCGUGGAACCGCUCCCGAGGAAAACGAAGAAGGAAGCAGCUACGAGUUUUACUACGAUGAUGGUACCGGGUCGGGCCUAAGGCCCGUUCCGGCUAGCAUGUCUGAGUUCUUGAUGGGAUCCGGAUUUGACCGGUUACUGGAGCAGUUGGCACAGAUUGAAGUGAAUGGUUUUGGGCGGGUAGGAAAUCCGCCGGCGUCGAAAGCGGUGGUGGAGUCGAUGCCGACGGUCGAAAUAACAGAAACUCAUAUAAUAGCGGAGUCUUACUGCGCUGUGUGUAAGGAAGCGUUCGAGUUGGGCGAUGAAGCGCGUGAGAUGCCAUGUAAACAUAUCUACCAUACAGAUUGUAUUCUUCCUUGGCUUGCAAUGAGAAAUUCGUGUCCUGUUUGCCGCCACGAGUUACCGGCGGAUCAACAAGAAACCGAGAAUUCGGAAGAAUCUGAAGAGAUUGUGGGUUUAACUAUAUGGAGGCUACCAGGCGGUGGAUUUGCAGUAGGGAGAUUUAAUGGAGGAAGAAGAGGAGGAGCAGGGGGGGAAAGAGAGUUUCCUGGUGUUUUUACAGAAAUGGAUGGUGGGUUUAGUGGAAGCGGUGGCACUCCCAGACGGGUUUCAUGGGUGAGUAGAACAAGUAGACGGCGGGAGAGCGGUGGCGGUGGCGUUAGAAGGGUAUUUCGUGGGUUGGUUUCGUUUUUGAGGAGGAUUAGGUCCAAUUCUUCUUCUUCUACUAGUUCUACUUCAAAUUUGCAUAAUGAUAAUGAAUCCGGUUCAAUCAGUAGAAGUUCAAGCCAUUCAAGUUCUGGGUUUGGUAGAUAUGUAAGCAGAAGAAGGAGAGGAUUGGAUUUGGAAGUUGAAAAUGGGACUGAUAGGUGGUGAUUGUACUGAAAAGGUUGGUUUUUUUUUUCUUUAUUUUUUUUUAAAUUCUAAAUGAUGUAUAUAGAAUUAAAUUAAACAGGUAAAAUUUUGAAUUGAAUUUUAAUCCUUGUCUCGUUCUUUUCCCUAAUGGAGGCUUGCCAACAAGAAUCUUUGUAAUAUUUAUCAAAUGGGGCACACAAAAAGAAAACAUUGCUUGCCUCCUCUUAUGGCAAAAUUUUGUUGGAUGGGAAAAGAUUAGGAGAAUGUUCAAAUGAAGAAGAAAAGAAAAAGAAUAUCUGUAAGCUUAAUUAUUUUUCUUUUUUUGAAAUUCAUUCUAUGAGAAUUGUUGGUUUCUUUGAUAAAAAGUUACAUGCUUUCAUUUUAAUUGAAAGAUUCAGAAAUAUCAA